AAAAAAUGCGAGGCUUUCUGUUUUGGCCAGAAACACUUGUUUCUUCCAUCAUUUCGCCUCCCUCGGAUUGUGUCGACUCAUUCGCUCGCCCCACCAAAGAUAGAAAGCUUUCGAACGGACAACCUCUUGGGACCCUCGUGGACGGUUUUGCGCCCUUCAUCCGUUCCGUGGAUCUGCACCGCUAUCAAUCCCGCCAGCUCCGUUUAGCACAGCCUAGGCUGUCUUGCGCACAACAGGUCCUUUUGGGGCGGCUACUAGCGGAACGGGACACGUACUCAAAAAGAAGAGCAAUACAUCUGAAGUUGCCGUUUCAUCAAGCUCAUCAACUAUUCGACUCGCAUCCUUCUCAACCAAUCAGAAAUCUCCCACCUGACUGCAUUUUAACGCGAUGGAAACUUCCGCUCAUAUCCAAGGUUACCAGGAUGCGGACAUUGCUUGCCCAGAUGCCACGCGCUCAAUGACAGGGGCCUGGAUCUUGCCGGGCAGCCUCGAGGCGCGUGUGAGUGAGUUGAAAACCCAAGAUCCGUCUCGCACGCCAGCACAGUGCUUUCAACUUCUGGGAGCGGUUUGGAAGGAAAACUACUACGACCGUUCGAAUGAUCACCAAAUGGCGUUUUACUUCAAAGAUCCUAUCCAGACACGACGUACGAGGGUAGCUGAUGGCAUCGAGUACCGUGGGGGAUGGUGCAUGACUUUGGACCAGAAAGCCGAGGCCGGUAGAUUGAAAGCUGUCAAUCAGGACUGGGAGUGGUCGCGAUGUUAUCAGGAGGCCGGAGGAAGAUGGGAUUCCGGAUACUUCAAUCACAUAACGAAUGAAGAUGCGCAGUAUGCAAUACAGCACGCGCAGUGUAGCGAUCCUGAAGAUAGCAUGUUGAGGGAGGACUUUGGGGUUUUGAAUUCUGGCAAUCCAGAAUAGACAUAUGAUUAGGUCCAGGAAUUUUUGGUUCGAUGUCGUUAGGU